CACAAAGCGUAAGUCAGUGCCUCAUACUCAUAGCAAUGCUUUUGGUUCAAUACUUCUCUGUGAGAAACACUACUCACAGUUCAACAAUUGCCAUGCAGUGUCGUGUCUUACAAUUCUUUGUGAGAUGCAUUGGAAUGAAGAGGAGAUUAUUACUAGUUAUGAUUUCCUGAGGUGGAAUGGAUUAGAG